AUGAGUCAGUGUCGUGCCGUUGUGGUGAGGAGGGAGCACAGUGGAAGAGACGACGCUGUGACCUCCACUUACUCAGAGCUGAACUUUUGGAAAGGGGAACCCCGCAUCGAUGAGGACGAAGGUCCUCCCAUUUCCUCGGGAUCCGGCGGAGUGUCGACCACUGCACAAACAGGUGCGGAGAAACAGGAGCCGGAACAGAACAUCGAAAACAGAAUGGAGCUUAAGAUCUACCUGCUCUGCUUCGUUACGUUCGCCCUGGUCGCGAUAGUGGCCGGGCUCUCGAUCUAUGUAUCACAGACUCGUCAGUCUCUGAUCACCUCCGAGCGAAACUACCGGAGACUUUGGGAGCAACAUCAGGAGAUGAACAGGACCCAGCGCCAAUGUCAACAGAAAGUCCAUGAGUUGAACUCAACCCUUGAAUCCAGGACAUCUGACAACUCCCGGCUGGAUCACCCCCAGAGAACCUGUCUGAGCAAUCUCUCGGAGCUGAAUCGAACGCACAGCGAUCUCCGUCAUCGGUUCAAUCAGCUCGAAAUGAAGAAUGGAAACAUCACCAGAAACAUAGCUCAGGUUUGCCAGUACCUCAACAGGAGAAGAGACAAAACCCUUUCCCAGGACAGGAUCGCAGUCGAUUGUUAUUUCAUAUCCACGUUGGAAACGUCUUACGAUGAGGCGAAACAAAAUUGUUCUAACUCUGAUUCAAAUCUUCUUGAAAUAAACUCAAAAGCGGAAGAGAGUUUUGUUAAGAAAGCUGUCCGCGAAAAACGCAGUUCCUACUGGAUUGGAAAAUGCCUAGCCGGGAACGUGGCCUCUAAUGUGUUGUACAUGAAGAAGGAUGGAAAGUUCGAAUGCAGUAAAUGUAAACGUAACAGUUGUAAAAAUGCUCAGCACCAUUUCAUCUGUGAAAAGUCUGCACAUUUGUGCCCGGAUAUUUCUCAAAAGAUCCCGGAUCUCUGUCAACAGCCAGUGGGACCGACUUCAAUCAAAUGA